AUGGCAGUAGUCUACGUCGAUGCAAGACCUGGUAGCGAGGAUCAGAUGCUACAAACUGCAACUGAAGUUGGUCAGAAGCUUAGAAUGUUGCUAGUCAAGGCGAUGGCAAAGGUUCGUCAACAAGUCUCUGAAUACUUGGAAAGAGAUGGUCUUGGUGAAAAACUUAAAUCUGUUCUCCUCAUCCUUAUUCAACGUUUAAAUAACCGCUUAGAUAAUUAUGCAUCAAAGAUGGAUUAAACGUUACUGAUGACUACAAUGACGUCCUUGGUUUUUUUUGUUUUGUCUGUCUGUUAUCGGUAUCAUACUUUGAAUGCAUUCAAAUUUUGUUCUGAACACUAUUUUACUACUGAACACAUAUAUAUUGUUCUGCGUUAAUUCCAAUGAAAAUCGACAAUUCGAUUGUUCAAGUCAUGUGUAAUUCCUUAAUAUAUAUUAAUAUUUUAUAUACAUAUACAACAACAUUUGUGUUUAAUAUUUUCAACAACAUUCACCUUUUCUCUUCUUUUCUACAAUAAAUAUAUAUAUAUUGAACAUUCAUUUUUUUGUUUGUUUGUUUUAUUCAAAGUAUUCUGUGGAAUAUGUUUGGCGUGUUC